UUAUGGCUCUCGCAGUGUUGAACUUAUGCCGCCAAUCCGGCUCCUCUUUGCAGAGAAUCGGUGGCAGUCGAGGUUUGCAGUUGAGCUUAAGCAGUAACGUAACUCGUUAUUUUGCUACGAAAAUGAGCCGUCCGAAAGUUUUCUUCGAUAUGGCUGCUGAUGGCCAGACCAUUGGACGAAUUGUGAUUGAGCUACGUGCGGACGUAGUGCCUAAGACUGCUGAGAAUUUUAGGGCUCUUUGCACUGGAGAAAAAGGAUUUGGAUAUAAGGGCAGCACAUUUCACAGAGUUAUCCCAAAUUUCAUGUGCCAAGGAGGUGACUUUACAAACCAUAACGGCACUGGUGGAAAAUCUAUUUAUGGCAAUAAAUUUGAAGAUGAAAACUUCACACUAAAACAUACUGGACCAGGAAUUCUAUCAAUGGCUAAUGCUGGCCCCAAUACAAAUGGCAGCCAGUUUUUCAUAACGACAGCAAAGACUAGUUGGCUGGACAAUAGACAUGUUGUAUUUGGAUCAGUCGUUGAAGGCAUGGAUGUAGUUAAAAAGAUUGAAUCCUUUGGCUCUCAAAGUGGCAAAACAAGCAAGAAGAUUGUAGUCAAUGACUGUGGUCAACUUUAAGUAUGUUGUCUUCUAUGCAGAACAUUUCUUUUACCUGCUGCAUUUUGAGAAAGAAAACUGGUACUUUAUACAAGCUCAUUUAAUAUCCUGGAAAGACUAAUACUGUUGAACUGCAGCAUUGUGUUCAAAUUCGAAUUCAUGGAAGACACGUUUUGUCUUAUCAUUCCAGUAACCUGUUUUAGAUGAAAUGCCACAACUGUUUCAGUAUCGAGCUAAUGUUUUUGACAGUUGGAAGUUAGAAUGUUGUAGAUAGUUGUGCAAUGUGAACUUAGCUUCUGUCAGGUUCAAACAGUUGAAUCUCAUCUAAUAGGCAUUUAUGUAAUCUGUGAAGAACUUUCAUUUGACUUCGCAUUCCUUGAAUUGUUUGUUCAUUGCUCCAAAAGUUCAUAUUGCUUUUUUUCUGUAAUGUUCUUGUCACUAGUUCAGGUGAAUAAAUAAUAUACAAUAACAA